CUCAAGUUAGUGAGUAUCCCAGCAUUUUAAUGAUUUCUUCUAAUGCAGUAAUGCUCGAACAAUUUCUCGAAAUCACCAUCUAAAUUUGAAUAUAUAUAGUUGGAAUUAAUCAUAUCUACCUAAAAUAUGUUGUUUAAAACACAUGGUUUGAAGAUCUGCAAGACUGUAACCCAGACUCAGACAUAUCAUGUACUAAUGAAAUUUACUUUAAUUCUUAUAUUAGAAAUUCUGAAAUAGCAUUAAAUACAAAGUAGCAACCUAAAACUUACUAUUCCUAGACUCGUCACUCACUCGGACAAUUAUUUGAACCAUUUAACUAAUAUGCAUUAUAUACACAGUAACACGGAUACGAAUCAUUGUAAAGAAUCUAUAGUUUAAGUAGUAGUCGAUACUAAGAAAAUGGAGAUGAAGAAGCUUUUUAAAGUUGUGUUCCUCUUGGUCGCUUACUUAACUUGUUCCCUUCCCAUGGCUAGUUACCACGGUUAUAAUGCAGAGAAGCCAAUGAGAAUGAGUGUAAUCGGAGAAGACUCAAGAGAUGAGUUUGGGAACUACAAGGAGAAGAAGAAGGUGAAUUUGUGGUCAGGUCGUAAGUUAGCUUCCGGUCCAAGUCGUAGAGGUUGUGGCCACUGAAUUUUUAGUUGGGGGUAACAAGAUUAUAAUUUAAGAUAUUUAAUUUUAUUCUCUAAUUUAGGUUUCUUGGUAUCGUUUAGUAAUAUGAGUAUUGUAGUGGGUUCUUAUAACUUAAUGAAAGGAUUGGAGUUUUCAUACGAAAUUCGCUUCAUUAUAAAAUAUAUAAGAUUUUUUUAAUUUUGUUCAUUGCAUUGUUUAAGAACAAAAUGCUCUCUGUUUUCAUUUGCUUUACCGAAAAGAAGAUUUCUUUUUUUUUUUGGUCGGCACCGAAAAGAAGAUUUCUGUUUUCACAUCAAGGGCUCUUAUGACGUAAUGACAAAAAUUUUAAAACCGUAAAAAAAAAAAAUCAAAAUCUUAAAACCUUUUAAAAACAAAUUGUAUAAACUUGUAGUAUAUUAAAUGUACAAAACGAUGCGAAACCAAGUUGGACUUGUAGAAUCGGCUAACGAUCAAUGACUAGGUCAAAUGACAGGAUCCAAAAUCCGGUUAGUUUUCACAUUAUUUUGCAAAUCCAUUAUACAAG